AUGGACGUCGAUGAUGGAGAAAGAAAGAACUACACGUACAAGAAAAGAGAAUUUCAGCAGAAUCAUCAGAAUACCUUGCAGGCUAAGAUGACAGAAUUAUCUUUGAUAAAGGAAGAUUUGAAGAAAGCUAAAGAGAGCACUACUCAGUCAUGGCUAGCAUCCAGGACUCUCACUGACGAGCUUGCAAAACUGCAAUCAAUUCUUGCAGUUGAGAAAAACCGAAAGUCUACGUCCACGUCCAAUGCUGGGAUCUCAGAGCUCCAGUCAAAGCUUGAAGCUACAAAUAUGAGCUUCAGAUCGAAAAUGGAGGAUGAAGUCAAGGUGAAGAAGACCAUCGAUGAAAUAACCGAGGCUAUGGAUGGAGCACGCAAAGAAAAGGAAAUGAACAAACGGGACAUGGAGGAAGAACGAAGAGCGAGAUCGAAACUGAAACAAGUCCUGCGGAUGAGGAAGCAGAAUCUAAGAACAUUACAACUCAAACUCCAAGCUGUAGAGAUGGAAUUGGAAGCUUUUGGAGCAUCACAAGCAGAAGCACUUGGAGUUGUCAACAAUUCAAGAACAGACAAUAGCAGUACUGUUCAACUUACUCUGGAAGAAUACAAAGACUUAAAAGAAAAAGCAAAAGAUGAAACAGCACUUGCUGAAUGGCGGAUUUCACUAUUCAUGAAACAGAAACUUGCAGCUGAGGUAAACAGGAACUUGGCUUUAUCGAGAUUGAAAGAACUUAUGAGAAGAAGAAGUGAAGAUAAAGAGAAAAAUGAAGAUGGACACAUCACUAGAGAGAUAGGAGAACAUCAAUCAUCUCCAGCCAGAGUAGUAGCCCAGGUGAAGAGACGAGAUGCUUUACCUAAACCUCGAGGCAAAGCAACUGGUAAGUUGAACAAGAAUUCAAAAACAAGGAAGAUAAGAUCAAGAAAUAAUAAGGGAGGAAAGAAAAAGAAGCCAUCCAUUUUGCUUCAAGUUCGAAGUUUUCUUGUAAGGAGCAUCACAAGAUUGUUUCGAUGA